AUGUCGACACCAUACGUACAGGAGCAGCCUCAGGCUAUUGCACCUCCAGCUGUUGCUUCUUCCUCUCGAUUUGGCCCACUAAAGGAGAGGGCAGCCCGUUUGAAGAAGAAAGUUACCACCAAGCAAGGUUGGAUCGGUGAUUACGACUAUGCCUGGUUAUGCUCCCCUAGAUUGCCGUUUAUGAAGCAGUCGGACAGAGCUCCGCCAUUCUAUGCACUCGAUACCGACCUCCCUCUCGUCCUUGCUAUAUCAAGCGGUCUUCAGCAUGCUCUUGCCAUGUUAGCUGGUCUCAUCACGCCCCCUAUCAUCUUCGCUUCUGCUCUCAACUUGGAUGCUGAGACGUCAGCAUACAUGAUUUCAGCAUCACUCAUUGGCUGCGGCAUCAUGAGUCUUGUGCAAAUGUCCCGGAUACAUCUUUUCAAAGGCUACUACUUGGGCACUGGGCUUAUUACGGUUGUUGGGACAAGUUUCGCCACGCUCUCAACGGCAAAUGCGAUUUUCGACGCCAUGUACAAGGAUGGAACAUGUCCCUCAACAGUAGGUCCUAACGGUGCUCUGAUUCGAGGUCCAUGCCCUGAUGCAUACGGAAUGGUUCUUGGAACGUCACUUGUUUGCUCAUUCCUCGAAAUCUUCAUGUCAUUCUGCUCCCCCAAAGUCCUUAAACGCAUAUUCCCCCCUCUCGUUACUGGAACCGUCAUUCUCAUGAUAGGCGCUUCGCUCAUCGGAGAAUCUGGAAUGGCAAACUGGGGAGGAGGUUCCAACAAUUGUAAAGACCGUCCCGAUAGCGGUAUUUUCCAGCUGUGCCCCACAAUCUUCGCACCGAGGCCACUUCCCUGGGGAUCACCAGAAUUCAUCGGUCUCGGCUUCCUCUCGUUCUCCACCAUCAUACUGACCGAAAUAUUUGGAUCACCUUUCCUCAAGAACAUCAGCAUCAUCGUCGGUCUUGUGGUUGGAUGCAUCGUAGCGGGUGCUACAGGCUACAUGAGUGAUUCUACAAUCAAGAGUGCUCCUGCAAUCACUUUCCUAUGGGUGCAUACUUUCAAGCUUCGGGUUUACGCUCCUGCAAUUCUCCCUAUGAUGGCUGUCUAUGUGUCCCUCGCAAUGGAAGCCAUUGGUGACAUUACUGCUUCGGCCGAGGUUUCCCGUCAGGAGGUCGUCGGAGACGUAUUCGACUCCCGAAUUCAAGGUGGCAUUCUCGGCGAUGGAAUUAGCGGCUUCAUGUCAGCUCUUUUCACUGUAACACCCCUCUCAACUUUCGCCCAGAAUAACGGAGUUAUCGCCAUCACCCGAUGCGCCAAUCGUGGUGCAGGACGUUGGUGCUGCUUCUUCCUAAUCCUUUUCGGCGUCCUUGGCAAACUCUCUGGCGUUUUACUCGCGAUUCCCAACCCUGUUCUUGGAGGCGUGACGACUUUCCUCUUUGCUAACGUCGCCGCGUCGGGCGUCCGCGUCAUUUCCAAUGUGCAGUUCCAGAGGAGAGAACGCUUUAUCCUUUCUGCGGCAUUGGCAUUUGGAUUCGGAAACCUGUUGCGCCAUGAUAUUUUCAGGCAUCUCUUUGACGGUGUAGCCAAUCCAAACAAGGGUCUUCAAGGCUUGUUUGACUCCAUCACCAUUGUCCUUAGCACACCUUUCCUUGCUGCAGGUCUUGUUGCUGCCAUUCUCAAUCUUCUUAUUCCACAAGAGCCGAAGGAACUCAUACCAGAUGAAUCCUCGGUUGAAGAAGUAGAUGUCGAAUCCCAAGAUGAAAAGAAACACUAA